ACAGGCCCACCCCACACCAUUUUCUCACACAAAUUCUAUCAUUUUCUCUGUACCCAAACAAAGAAAAAACAUAGCCUCACAGUCACCAAGAAUCAAGAUCAAUGGCGGCUUAUUCAAGCUCUGCUUUGAGAUCCAUCUCUUCCGUGAAAGCAUCUGCAGCAAGAUCACACACCUGUGGCGUUGCGCCCACCAAACCAUCACUCUUGUCUUUCAAGCUGGCCCAAAACCCAUGUCUCCUCACAAAAACUACAAGCCUUGGCAACUUCUCUGGGACGAAGAGAUCCUUCUCUUGCAAAAGCCAAGCUGCCUCGACUGAGGAUUCAAGACCCACCAAAGUUCAAGAGCUGAGUGUCUAUGAGAUCAAUGAGAGAGACCGUGGAAGCCCUGCUUAUCUUCGUCUGAGCCAGAAAUCUGUUAAUUCUCUUGGCGAUCUUGUGCCUUUUAGCAACAAACUUUACACCGGAGACCUACAGAAACGGGUAGGAAUAACAGCUGGACUAUGCGUGCUGAUCCAAAACAAACCGGAAAAGAAAGGUGACAGGUAUGAGGCCAUCUACAGCUUCUACUUUGGCGACUACGGUCACAUUGCAGUGCAGGGAUCUUAUCUGACCUAUGAGGACACGUAUCUCGCUGUGACUGGAGGGUCAGGUAUUUUUGAAGGGGUGUAUGGUCAGGUUAAGCUACAGCAGCUUGUGUUCCCUUUCAAGCUGUUCUACACCUUUUAUUUGAAGGGUCUCAAGGCGGACUUGCCUGAGGAGCUGCUUGGGAAGGCUGUCGAGCCUAGCCCCGCUGUCGAGCCGAGCCCCGCGGCUAAGGCUUGUGAGCCACACGCUGUCAUUGCUAAUUAUACUAACUAAUGAUGUAUUGGCCGUGGCUAAUAAAUUGACUUGGUUUGCUUGCUACUUUGCUA